AUGCGAUCAAUUCGUAUGUCUUCAAUGCGUGGUUCCAAAUUUCAAUGCGGUAAUACAACAUGUUUACCGUUCGUUAAUCUCAUUACGACAACUAUUAUGAAGUGUCAAAUGGCUUGUUUAGCUCAAAUUUAUUGUAGAGCAGCCAGUUUUCAUCAAUCAACUUCAAAUUGUGAAUUAUUUACUGAUAUAUCAAAUGAAAUACCACAUAUAGUAACUGAUACCGACAUUACUACUAUGAUUGUUAUUGCUGGGACACGAUCUCCACCUGAACCAACUACGACAACAUCAACAACAACAACAUCAACAACAACUACAAGUACAACAACAACAACAACAACAACUACAAGUAAAACAACAACAACAACAACAACUACAACAAGUACAACAACAACUUCAACAACAACUACCCCAUGUGUUCGAACAGGCACAUAUUCUCAAUCGUUUUCAUCCGGUGAUGCUUCAACAGCUCAAUGCACAGCAUGGUCAUCGUUUGUAGUUAUUUUGAAUUGUUCAAGUUACUCAAGCAUACGUAUAUUUGGUUCAAUCGAUGGAACAGGCUUAAGUGUAAGUAACUCGGUUGUUGCCACUGUCAUCGUAGUAGCUUUGCGUACUAAUGCUACAUAUACGGGCGUUUCAGAUGGCUACACAUGGGCAGUUGGUUCUACUGCUUGUGGUCUUGAAAUAAGUUCGACUGGAAAUUUGUGUCUAUGCAGUGCGGGUUAUACUCUUAGACCAUGCCAUGGUGCCAGCUUUGGUGGUAUCAAUGGUCCAACGUGCGGUGCAGCAUCGCAAACAAUAUCACUUAGUUUUCAGUGA